AUGGUCGGCGCCAAGAUCGACGGCACGCAGAUCGCCAAGGGCAUCCGGGAGAAUCUUAAGACUGAGAUUGAGCAGCUUCGGAAUGCCAAUCCUCGUUUCCAGCCCAGUUUGGUCAUCUUCCAAGUGGGGAACCGUUCAGACUCCAGCACCUAUGUCCGCAUGAAGUUGAAGGCCGCUGAGGAGGCCAAUAUCCACUGCAAGAUCAUCGGCUUCCCCGACACCGUUGCCCAGCCUGAGCUGCUCCAGGAGAUCACCAAGGCCAACAAUGACCCCUCCGUGCACGGCAUCCUCGUUCAGCUGCCGCUCCCCCAGCACCUCUCCGAGCACACCGUCACCUCCGCCGUCGCGGACGAGAAGGACGUCGAUGGCUUCGGCGCCGUCAACAUCGGGGAGCUGUCCAAGCGCGGCGGGCGGCCGCUCUUCGUCCCCUGCACGCCCCAGGCCGUCAUGGAGCUCCUGCGCGUCAGCGGAGUCGAUCCCUCUGGCAAGGAGGCCGUCGUCCUGGGCCGCAGUGACAUCGUCGGCAGCCCCGUCAGCUACCUGCUGAAGAACGCCGACGCCACCGUCACCCUCUGCCACUCCAAGACCCCCAACGUCGACCGCAUUGUCCGCUCCGCCGACAUCGUCGUCGCCGCCAUCGGCAAGACCGAGUUCGUCAAGGGCGAGUGGCUCAAGCCCGGCGCCGUCGUCAUCGACGUCGGCAUCAACUACAAGCCCGACGCCUCCAAGAAGUCCGGACAGCGCCUCGUCGGCGACGUCGAGUUCGACUCCGCCGUCCAGGUCGCCUCGCAGAUCACCCCCGUCCCCGGCGGCGUCGGCCCCAUGACCGUCGCCAUGCUGAUGCAGAACGUCGUCAACGCCGCCAAGGCCUACUUCGAGCGUCAGCGCGACCGCCAGAUCACCCCGCUGCCCAUCCGCCUGCAGCGGCCCGUCCCCUCCGACAUCGCCAUCUCCCGUGCCCAGUACCCUAAGGAGAUCACCGACCUGGCCGCCGAGGUCGGUAUCGCCUCGCACGAGCUGGAGCCCUACGGCCACACCAAGGCCAAGAUCAGCCUCGGCGUGCUUGACCGCCUGGCCCACCGCCGCAAUGGCCGCUACAUCCUCGUCUGCGGCAUCACCCCGACCCCGCUGGGUGAGGGCAAGUCCACCACCACCCUCGGCCUGACCCAGGCCAUCGGCGCCCACCUCAACCGCAUUGUCUUCGCCAACGUGCGCCAGCCCAGCCAGGGCCCCACCUUCGGCAUCAAGGGCGGUGCCGCCGGCGGCGGCUACUCCCAGGUCAUCCCCAUGGACGAGUUCAACCUGCAUCUGACGGGUGACAUCCACGCCAUCACCGCCGCCAACAACCUGCUGGCCGCUGCCAUCGAGACCCGCAUGUUCCACGAGGCCACCCAGAAGGACGGCCCGCUCUACCGCCGCCUGGUCCCCGCCAAGGACGGCGUCCGCCAGUUCAAGCCCAUCAUGUUCCGCCGCCUGAACAAGCUGGGCAUCACCAAGACGAACCCGGACGAGCUGACCCCGGAGGAGAUCAACCACUUUGCCCGCCUCGACAUCGACCCCGAAACCAUCACCUGGCGCCGCGUCCUCGACGUGAACGACCGUCACCUGCGCGGCGUCACCGUCGGCCAGGCCCCCACCGAGCGCGGCCUGUCCCGCGAGACCGGCUUCGACAUCUCCGUCGCCAGUGAGUGCAUGGCCAUCCUGGCCCUCAGCACCAGCCUGGCGGACAUGCGCGAGCGCCUCGGCCGCAUGGUCGUCGCCACCUCGCGCCGCGGCGAGCCCGUCACCUGCGACGACAUCGGUGCCGGCGGCGCCCUGGCCGCGCUGAUGCGGGACUCGAUCAAGCCCAACCUGAUGCAGAGUCUCGAGGGUACGCCCGUCCUCGUCCACGCGGGCCCCUUCGCCAACAUCAGCAUCGGCGCCAGCUCCGUCAUCGCCGACAAGCUGGCCCUCAAGCUGGCCGGUACCGAGCCUGACGAGGACCACGACGCCAAGACCGGCUUCGUCGUCACCGAGGCCGGCUUCGACUUCACCAUGGGCGGUGAGCGCUUCUUCAACAUCAAGUGCCGCGCCUCCGGCCUGGAGCCCGACACCGUCGUCAUCGUCGCCACCGUGCGCGCCCUCAAGGUGCACGGCGGCGGGCCCGAGAUCAGCCCCGGCGCCCCGCUGCCCGAGGUCUACCGCACCGAGAACGUCGACGUGCUGCGCGCGGGCUGCGUCAACCUGCGCAAGCACAUCUCCAACGCCCGCCAGUACGGCAUCCCCGUCGUCGUCGCCAUCAACCGCAUGGCCAGCGACACCGAGGCCGAGAUCGCCGUCAUCCGCGAGGAGGCCAUCGCUGCCGGUGCCGAGGACGCCAUCGCCGCCAACCACUGGGCCGACGGCGGCGCCGGCGCCGUCGACCUGGCCAAGGGCGUUCUGGCCGCCAGCUCCAAGCCCAAGAACUUCCGUCUGCUGUACGACCUCAACGGCUCGAUCCAGGAGCGCAUCGAGCGCAUCGGCAAGGAAAUGUACGGCGCCGCCGCGGUCGAGUUCAGCGAGCUGGCCCAGCAGAAGGUCGAUGCCUACACCGCCCAGGGCUUCGCCAACCUGCCCAUCUGCAUCGCCAAGACGCAGUACUCGCUCAGCCACGACCCGGCCCUCAAGGGCGCCCCGACCGGAUUCACCGUGCCCAUCCGCGACGUGCGCCUGGCCGUCGGCGGCGGCUAUCUCUACGCGCUCGCGGCCGACAUCCAGACUAUCCCGGGCCUGCCCACGGCGCCGGGGUAUCUGAACGUCGACAUCGACCCCGAGACCGGCGAGAUCGACGGUCUGUUCUAG